CACUCGGUGCGGACCGUACAGGCGGCACACCUAUUAUAAGUGAUGGGAGUUACAGUCCGAUCCUAGUCUAGCGGAGCUUGCAAUAAAGCCUCCCCUGCCAUGUGUCCUAUAGUAAUACUGACACCGCGCACUGCUUGUACCCCGCCCGGGCUAUGGCCUACAGUGUGCCGGCCGGGCUGGGAGUUUAGAACAUUUUAUUGAAGUAAUAUCACCGGGGUCAUGUGACUACAGAGUGUUAAACACCAGAGACAUAGCUGUGAGAAACGCUGCUCUCAGUAUAAUCCAGACCCACACACAGCCCUGCGCACCUCCACCAGGGCUGCCCGGCAAUCUACUAAAUCUAACCAAAUUACACCAGCCGCCCCGCUGGCUCACACACAGGGUAACACUCUAUCUCUAUGGUAACACUGGGAACCAGGCGACAAUGAGCGAGCAGUGUUUGUGUCUCUGGUGACUAGCGCUCGCUGUCUCCCCCUGCCGACGCCUGACGUUGCUGACGCUGGUGGUGGAGACGCUGAGUGACAGUUGGCGGAGCGAGCCUCAGGUCGGUGAGAGACAGGUAGACAGGUAUGUGCAUGGUGUGUGAGUGACCGCUAACCCCAGCAUGGGGGCAGACAGCACGCUGCUAGCCGCCAGGACUCACUCCAACACCGAGCGGCAGGCGGGCGGCCUCCACACCCGGGACAAUAGCUGCUUCACCCUGCCACCAUUGUUAUUAUUGUUAUUAUUGUAUUACUCAGUGUAUAGAUAUAGUGUGUGUCAGACGCUCUGUAUUGCUGGGUGAAGGAUCCCCCGUUAUAGCGCUAUACACAUUGUCAGGAAUGGCAGCCGCCCUGCUGGCCUCCUGCUGUCCCAGCUCUCCGUCAUAUGUCCGUGAGGGGAGCAGGAAUCACGGGGUGGGUGAUCUCUCAUUCACUAUUGUCUUCCUGCCUCUGUUGAUCAUUUCUAUUAAAUGUUUUUACAUACACAACAUGCUGCCAUAGGAGUGCGCAGCCUAUUGCAUUAGGGUGUGCACCCUGAAGAACAAACACACAAUAUGUGUGUGUGUGUGUAUAUAUAUACAUACACUGCUGUGUGAGGGUGCUGUAUGUUUGGAGGGAUUGUGGGGGCAGAUUAGUAAAUAUCCCCCCUCCUUUCUUACCUUAUGUAGGGAGGGGGGGAUCCUUGCUGCCUUCCCUGAUGGACCAGUGGAGAGUGAACUCUACGUUGUCGUGGCAACGCUCCGACCUCGCAAGAGGAACCCGGCGGAGCUGCUGGGUAGAGCUCCCCGGGUCCUCUCCUGCCUCCCUCCAUGCUGCUGUGGGCCGGUGAGGUAGAUCUUUAAUCUCCCCAACGGCCCAUGGAGGCAUAGAGCAGAGCCGGCGCUCAGAUAGCGCUAGCUCUGCAUGAGCCGACAGGGGAGAUCCUGAGAUCUCCCCUGCCAGUCUCCAUCCAUAGGCGUGCCACAGGGAUUAUUAUUGUUAUUUAUAUAGCGCCAUCAAAUAUCACAGCGCUUUACAAUGGGUGGACAAACAGGCAUGUAGUUGUAACCAGACAAGUUGGACACACAGGAACAGAGGGAUUGAGGGAUGUAAGGAUAGUAUUAAACUAGUGACAGUUGCAGAAGAGGACACACCCUGUGCACACGCCUAUGCAUGCUGCUGUUAUGGACCUUCUUUACAUGCUUAAUUAGAUGUUUGCUAUUAAGCCCCUUUCCUACUAGUCCCUGCAAUGCCAAUAUUAGUCUAACUACAGUGCCAAUAUUGGCCCCUCGUCCUCCAUUUACCCCCUCACGGUCACCGCAUUCCAUUUAUUGACUCGUUUCCUUCUACAAAAUGGGUGAUAGUAUCCCAUUUUGAAGUCUAGUUUAAUCUCGUUCAAUGCAAACAGCCACCCUUUAUGCUCCAUGCUUCACAAUCCCCAAAUUGAAUUUAAACACCUAUUUACUAUCCCUUCGCCCAUUCUUACCCAUCCCAAAUGAAUCCCAUCAUUUCUCUCAAUGUUCAGCAUCAGCUUGUACCCAGGUGAUUUCCAACCCCCAAUUCAGAAUAGUGAUACCUCAUAUUCAGCCAUUGGCCUCCCAAUCUCUACCUUGAAUUUAAAGCAACGCCCAUAGUACUAUAACCACUAAAGAUAUAUGUAGUGCUUAUGGUGUCUUGAAUACCAUAGCACUGCCCCAUUGGAAGGAAUCAAACUGUUUUAGAAUAGUUUGACUUCUUGUCUGGGUCUGUUACAGCUCAUUGCGAGACAUUAGCUUCUGCUGAUCACUCUCGGUCAACGAGCUAAGCCCUGCACAUGCCGUCCUGCAACGUGUCACUGCUUGCCUUUCUUCCAACUCUGACUGGAUGUCCUCCCGCUUUCUGAAACUCAAUCUCUCUAAAACUGAACUACUUGUCUUUCCUCCUCCUAAUACUGAUCCUCCUCUUCAAGUUAGUGGUAUCCACAUAAGUCCAUCCUUGCAAGCACGCUGUCUUGGCGUCAUACUUGAUUCUGGCCUCACCUUUGAGCCUCACAUCCAGUAUGUUGCCAAAUCCUGUAGAUUCCAUCGUAAAAACAUAGCCCGCAUCCGCCUCUGUCUUAUGCAAGAUGCUACCAAGGAGCUUGGAUUAGUGCAACCCUCUCCUGAAUGGUCUUCCCAAAAGCCGUAUUGCACCACUACAGUUUGAAAUGAAUGCUGCCGCCAGGCUGAUUUUUCCUCUCUAGUUUGCUCUCUCACCCCUCUGUCAGUCCUUAAAUUGGCUUCCUGUAUCCUAUAGGAGUCAAUUCAAGGUACUAAUUUACAUCUAUAAAGCACUGAACAAUUCUAGUCCCUCUUAUAUCUCUUCACAGAUCCACAGGUAUGCCCCUUCUCUGUCUCUCCGCUCUGCCCGUGACCUUCUACUCCUGUCCAUUGUUCGCACCCGUAUGGCCAACUCACGCUUGCAGGACUUCUCACGGGCGACUCCCUUCCUAUGGAAUAGCCUGCCUACCACCAUCAGACUCUUCCCUAGUCUUCAAUCCUUUAAGAAGUGCCUUAAAACCCAUCUCUUUAGGAAAGCUUAUGGCCUCCCAGAGUAACCUCUACCUUACAUACUUGCUCUCUCCUAAAGGGCAGCACUUUACUCUCUUCUCCAGCUCUUUUUCACUCCCACCUUAUUUGAUUGCUAUUUUCUGUCCCAUUGAGUUUUACACCCCACCUCCUAUAGACUGUAAGCUUGUUUGAGCAGGGUCCUCUUCACCCUAUCGUUCCUGUAAGUUCUCUUGUAAUUGUCCUAUUUAUAGUUAAAUACUCCCUCUCAUAAUAUUGUAAAGCGCUACGGAAUCUGUUGGCGCUAUAUAAAUGGCAAUGAUAAUAAAUGCUGUGCACAAUCUCCAUAUUUUGCAUGUCAAAUGGCUCUGUAAGACACCAUAUAGUUUUUCCCCCUUAAUUGGUAUUGGGCCACUCAUACUUGAAUAAGUGCACCCCUGAGUGUUUCUCUGCACGUGAAUAACUUUUGAGACAUGUCAUAAGUCAAGAUCAGACAACUAAGUACAGAAGAAUCAGUAGUAUUUUAAAUUUUUACUGACUCGUGUCCAUCUAAGCAAUUUUUAAGGAAGACUCAAACUCUCAUAACUGCUUCCUUCGAUUAAGUUUUUAUGAAGCAGGAGUGUAUGGACACCAUUUUACUUUCACAGCCUAUCAGUUGACACAUAUGAUACAGUAUGUGAAGGUAGUCACCAUCACUGUGAGCAUAAGACGGACACUUCAUGUAGGUCCCGCAAUUACUCUUAUGUACACUGCUCAAAAAAAUAAAGGGAACACUUACAGAACACAAUGUAACUCCAAGUCAAUCACACUUCUGUGAAAUCAAACUGUCCACUUAGGAAGCAACACUGAGUGACAAUCAAUUUCACAUGCUGUUGUGCAAAUGGGAUAGACAAAAGGUGGCAAGUAGCAAGACAUCCCCAAUAAAGGAGUGGUUCUGCAGGUGGUGACCACAGACCACUCACAGUUCCUAUGCUUCCUGGCUGAUGUUUUGGUCACUUUUGAAUGCUGGCAGUGCUUUCACUCUAGUGGUAGCAUGAGACGGAGUCUACAACCCACACAAGUGGCUCAGGUAGUGCAGGUCAUCCAGGAUGGCACAUCAAUGCGAGCUGUGGCAAGAAGGUUUGCUGUGCCUGUCAGCGUAGUGUCCAGAGCGUGGAGGAGGCCGUAGGAGGGCAGCAACAGGACCGCUACCUCCUCCUUUGUGCAAGGAGGAACAGGAGGAGCACUGACAGAGCCCUGCAAAAUGACUUCCAGCAGGCCACAAAUGUGCAUGUGUCUGCUCAAACGGUCAGAAACAGACUCCGUGAGGGCCUGACGUCCACAGGUGGGGGUUGUGCUUACAGCCCAACACCGUGCAGGACGUUUGGCAUUUGCCAGAGAACAGAUUGGCAAAUUGUCGCCCUGUGCUCUUCACAGAUGAAAGCAGGUUCACACUGAGCACAUGUGACAGACGUGACAGAGUCUGGAGACGCCGUGGAGAACGUUCUGCUGCCUGCAACAGCCUCCAGUAUGACCGGUUUGGCAGUGGGUCAGUAAUGGUGUGUGGGGCAUUUAUUUGGGGGGCCGCAUAGCCCUCCAUGUGCUCGCCAGAGGUAGCCUGACUGCCAUUAGGUACCGAGGUGAGAUCCUCAGACCCCUUGUGAGACCAUAUGCUGGUGCAGUUGGCCCUGGGUUCCUCCUAAUGCAAGACAAUGCUAGACCUCAUGUGGCUGGAGUGUGUCAGCAGUUCCUGCAAGACAAAGGCAUUGAUGCUAUGGACUGGCCCGCCCGUUCCCCAGACCUGAAACCAAUUGAGCACAUCUGGGACAUCAUGACUCGCUCCAUCCACCAACGUCACGUUGCACCACAGACUGACCAGGAGUUGGCAGAUGCUUUAGUCCGGGUCUGGGAGGAGAUCCCUCAGGAGACCAUCCGCCACCUCAUCAGGAACAUGCACAGGCGUUGUAGGGGAGAUCAUACAGCCACGUGGAGACCACACACACUACUGAGCCUCAUUUUGACUUGUUUUAAGGACAUUACAUCAAAGUUGGAUCAGCUUGUAGUGUGUUUUUCCACUUUAAUUUUGAGUGUGACUCCAAAUCCAGACCUCCAUAGGUUGAAAAAUUUGAUUUCCAUUUUUAAAUUUUUGUGUGAUUUUGUCAGCACAUUCAACUAUGUAAAGAACAAAGUAUUUCAGAAGAAUAUUUAAUUCAUUCAGAUCUAGGAUGUUAUUUUUGUGAGCAGUGUAUAAGUCACCCUGUGCCCAUUAUAGGUGCAUGGUGUGCAUUAUUGUUAAAUGUUUUGUGUGCUCUCCUGUCCUCUCUACCAACUAUACGGAUUUGGCUAUGCAGCCAUAUAUAUACUGGCAACAGUAAUGUAGAGUGCCACCUGUUGGUUGCAAUUGUUAUGUGCACUACCUGAAUAGCAAGACUUGGCAAUUUGCAUAUUCUGGUAGAUUUGCAUAUUAUGGUUUGUGCAGGCAGAGUACCCAUUUCUUGUUAGUCAUUGCCUUCCCCACACUUUAAAAAAUAAAAUUGUGUUAUGAGUGUCUGUAUGAUUCCCCAUAUGAUUUGUUUAUAUGUGUUGGAUUGAGUGUGUCCUUAUAAGUUAAAUGUUAUGCGCAUUUGAGCUAGUCCUGAAUAAAAUUUCUUUAAAAAAAAAAAGUAUUGUGUGUUAUUUAAAUUGGAAACUGUGUGGAAGAGGUCCUCAGAGACCCCAGUCAAGCAAUGGAGUUCUCCUCCUCACCUGUUCAGGAGCAUAUGUGGCUACUUGUUAGUAAAAUUAUAGUUCAUGGAGCAAGCCUACAGUUUCUCUCUCUUACCUGCUCCUCCAGUUUCCAGCUGUUCAGCUGCUUGAUUCCAGAUCUCAGCAGAUUCACUGGUGUUCUCUGUCAUACUUUAGUGAUCCUGUUUCUGAAAUCCUGCUGUUCUCCUCACAAGGACUGCAUCAGAGGAUAGUAAGACAUAUUACUAUUCCCCUUAAUUCAGACUGUACAUGUUAUUAAAAGGAUACUAUAGUGCCAGUAAUACAAAGCUGUAUUGCUAGCACUAUAGCUCCCUCACCUCCUGAAGUGGUCUUUAAAUGGACACUCCAGGCACCCAGACCACUUCAGCUAACCAAUUAGCUGAAGUUGUCUGGGUGCUGUGUCCCUUUUGCACUUGGUGCUGCAAUGUAAAACGUCUAACAGACAGCCACUAGUGGGCUUCCGGAAUUCAAACCGAAUUUGGUCGGUUAUCUGACGGUGGACAUCCUCGUAGGACCUUCAAUAAUGCUUUCCUAUGGGGGGAGGUCUGAUGUGCGCACACGCGCGGCCAUUGCCAAGCAUGCGCAUUAGGUCCGUCCCUCCAAGGGGUUAAAACCCCUUCAGCAACUUACCUGAAUCCAGCGCUGAUGUCCCUCGGCGCUGAGUCAGGCUCCACUGACAUCAGCAGGGGGCUGAUGUCAGUGGAGCCUGACGCAGCGCCGAGGGACAUCAGCGCUGGAUUCAGGUAAGUUGCUGAAGGGGUUUUAACCCCUUCAGCGACAUGGGAUGGGGGGGGGCACUCCAGGAUUCUCUAGUGCCAGGAAAACGGGUAUGUUUUCCUGGCACUGGAGAGUCCCUUUAAGUUCUUUCCAUAUUUCAAUUCAGGAUUGCUGAUUCUUCACUGUUUCCACCUGUAUGGUUUUCUGACCAAACAGCAUAAUUGCAGGCCUUUAUUCUGAGCUGUUAUUUUAGUUCUUACCACACCAUCUUGUGGCUAAGCAUCAUUACUACAGGACCUUGUUUGAACCUUUUUUUUUUUUUUUUUUUUUUUUUGCCCAAAGCUAUUUGUUGAAGUAUUUACAACAUCAUUAAAAUACCUAUCUGCAUAUUGAGUUCCACGCUAUUUUUCUUCUUAUCAAGUCUGCUAACAUAUAUGACUGCUGUUUUACAUUCAUUUUACCACAAAGUUGGUAAAGUUGUUGUGGUCCCCAACCCAGUCGUUCUGGACCACCAGGAGUCCAGGUUUUGUCAGUAUCUCCACUUGAAUAAAAAGGGAAAUACAUAAAUCCUGGACGGUUGGUGUCCAUGAGGACUGGACUGGGGACCACUGUUCUAGAUAAUUGAAAACCAAAACAUUUUGAUUUAACUGUAAGGGUAAACUUUUUGGUUUAGUGAAUGGGACAUUACCUUUACAGACCUUAGCCUCCCGCUCUUCCCCUCACAGGCAUUUGGCUAUGUUUAUUGCAGACGGGAUGUGCUCUUCUCGCGCUAUUUAGUAUUGACGUCAGUCUGACCCAGUCAUCACUAAGUGGCGCUCAUGAGAUGGAACAGAGAGCAAGCACCUUCCCCGCCGCAUCCACUGAGCGCGAUUCCCCCCACUCCCUCUGGCCAACAGCCACUUUUGACCCCCAUGGGAAGAAUACACUCCAGCUCUCCUAAAAAUAGGGAGGCUGGGUGGAUUUAAAUUAAAAAAAAAAAUAAAUAAACGUGUAUCGACUUUUUUGUGUGUGUGUGUGUGUGUGUGUCAAUAUCAAGUAUGUGUGUCUGUCAGAGUAUGUGCAUCAGUGAGUGAAUGUGUGUGUGUCUGUCAUAGUGUGUCAAAUCAGUGAGGAUGUGUGUGUCUGUGAGUGAGUUUCUUUGUUAGUGACUGUGUGUGUAUGUCAUUGUCUGCUUCUGAGUCAGUCAUGUCCGUGUACUUGUGUCUGUCGGUGAGUGGGUGUGUCUUCAGCGAAAGCGUGCAGUGGUUACACAGUAUGUGUGCCAAUGAUUGUGUAUCUGUCAGUGAGUGAAUGUCAGUGUAUGUAUCUGUGUGUAUGUCCGUCAAAGUGUGUGUUGAUCUUAAAUAGGAAAAGGUGCGUCCUUGAUGGGAAUGAGUGAGCCAAAUUUAGAUUAGGGUGGUGCAAGAGUUAGUCAUGCCUAGGACAGCACAAAUUCAAAAUACACCACUGCCUAUUAGGCUGCAAAAGAUCUAUCUUUGACCUGCUCUUAGAAAAGAGAACAGAAGAAAAUGUAUAUAGUUACUUUACUGUAAUGGCACAUCUGGUAAAUUAAAAUCCUUGCUGUAUUAUGCAUGAAAGGAAAGAUAACAUGAAUUCGUUUUUAAUUUGAUGGCGGAUCCUUCAUUAAAAUCACAUUAUAAAAUAAUUACCUCUAAGGGAUCUCCAGGAGUAUUGUGAGCAGAGAUAUGUACUUAGAGCCUACUUCUCCAUUAAAUUAUUAGUUAGACUUUUGCUAAUAGCCUUUAAGUUGUAUUAUUACUGCUUGCACUCUCUUCAUUGACAUUUCUUUUUAAUCUACAGUUUUGAUAUUCUCUUACUUCUAAUGGAACUAUUAGUCAAAAGAUAUUUUGUAAAUCAUUCACUUUAAUGACAUUUAUUUAAUUUAUGCUAAAGGCAUUGGCAUUUUCUGCCAUGUCGUCAACAAAACUGAACUCAUUAGUUCAACUUACUGGUCAUCAUGCUAUAUUUUAUUGUUGUGUUAAUUGUCAAUGAAGAAGGCAGCUGAAAACACAAAAUAGAUGUAAUCGUUACAUUUGUUAAUUCAGGUAGGAGACACGCAUCCAUUUGAGACAGUCUCCUGAUGCAAAAGCUUGAAUUUUGAAUGAGACAUUUGAUUCAUUCUGCAAGUUGAAAAAAGCAGGCAAAUAUUUAUUUUUCCCUUACCUGCUUCUUUCUUCCACACCCUCUCCAUGGGAGACAUUAAUCAAUGCACUAUCCCUAGCAAUACUGGAAAAGUGCACUGGGCAUGCCUGACAAAUUUUCAAAUGUGCAGUUUGAAGAUACAUACUGACAGGGGGAAGGAGGAAGUCAGUGUGAUUCAUGCAGAGCAGGUUCCCAUGUCAGGUUUCUCUCUCCUGCUGCACAAUGAUGUCCUAUUUCUAUCGUGGGUAAGGGCUUGCAGGGCGCUGAAGAAAUUCCCGCACCUGAGAGGCGUGUUUAACAAUGCAAUCUUACCAAGUUUAUAGCAUGUUUAUUUGUUUAAAAGUGUUUGGAUUAAAAAGAAAAAAUAAUUGUCAAGUGAUCCAUGUCCCAUUAAUCAUUUUUUAAUUUAUGUGCACUUAGAAUGGCUGCUAAUACUUCUAUGGAAAUGAUUUCAAAAGUCCUGGAGACUCAGUUACUCCAGACUGCCAAAAUUAUGGAGGAGCAGCUGGAUGCAGAAAUGGAGAAGAUGGAUAAGCCUGAUGAGGACGAGAUGGAAGUCCUGAAAGAAAGAAGACUACAAGCCCUGAAGAAGGCCCAGCAACAAAAACAAGUAAAUAGGUGUUGUGGCAGAGCUCCAAUACUUGACCAGAGUAUCUCCGCCAAAGUCUUGGUCCUUUUUCUCACAGAGUUUUCAGUGAUUUGGCCGCCCAGUUGAAAUUUGAUGAAGGGUAAAAAUAUAAAUGCUGUAUUUGGUCACAGCACACACAUUUAUACACAGACCCCCAGUAGGGAGUCAUUAAUUAAACAAAUACAUCUGUAUCUGGGAGAUAAUUAGAUAUAAUCUAAUUAUAGAGUAACCUCUACCUCACAUACCUGUCUCUUGCUCUCUCCUAAAGGGCAGCACUUUACUCUCUGCUUCACUCCCACCUUAUUUGAUUGCUAUUUCCUGUCCUAAUUUGUUUUAUACCCUACCUCCUAUAGACUGUAAGCUCGUUUGAGCAGGGUCCUCUCCAACUUAUCAUUCCUGUAAGUUGUACUUGUCCUUUUUAUAGUUAAAUCCCCCCUCUCAUAAUAUUGUAAAGCGCUACGGAUUCCGUUGGCUCUAUAUAAAUGGCGAUGAUGAUAAUAAUUAACUUCCAGGCACCAGGGUGCCUUAAAGGGACAGUAUAGUCACGAGAACAACUACAGCUUGUUACUUGGCUGUCAGAUUUCAGGGCAUUGGUCUGGUAGUGUCUUCUAGGUGAAGGAAAGAGCCACAGCGAGGCAAUGAUAAUUUUUCCCCGCUGAAUUAGGUUAGUCUGGUAACAGAUGUCUUAGUUUUGUAAGUAUUUAACCCCUUCAGACCGGAGGGCGUACUAUUACGCCCUAUUUUAGGCGUCUCUAAACGCCGCCAGGCGUAAUAGUACGCCCUCUGGUCUUUCUUUACUUACCCGGUCGCCGGCGGUCUCCCCACCCAGAUCUUCCCUCCUGCAGCCCCCCCGGCCAUGUGAGAGUGAACGAAAUAAUAUAUAUCUAUAUAUAUAAAUAUUUAUGCGUAUAUAUCACUAUAUAUACCUAUAUAUAAAUAAAAAUAUUUUUAAAAAAUUAUAUAUAUACACAUAUGUUAAUUCUACAUAUAUAUUUAUGUAAUAUUUUUACAUAAUUAGGUACCUUAAUUAAUUACAAUUAGCGGGAGCUGCCUGACAACCCAUGCCGAAAGUAAAGGGAAUUUAAUUUGCUAGCACUAUAUUUAACCCUAUAACUUUCCAAGACACCAUAAAACCUGUACAUGGGGGGUACUGUUCUACUCGGGAGACUUCGCUGAACACAAAUAUUAGUGUUUCAAAACAAUAAAAUGUAUUACAACGAUGAUAUCGCCAGUAAAAGUGACUUUUUUGCAUUUUUCACGCACAAACAGCACUUACACGGAUGAUAUUAUUGCUGCGAUACUUUUUACUGUUUUCAAACACAAAUAUUUGUGUUCAGCGAAGUCUCCCGAGUACAAUAGUACCCCUCAUGUACAGUAGACAAAGAAAUAUUGGAUGAAUAAUCCAAUAUAUAUUCAGGAGUAGUAUAUACCUUUAAAUUUUAAACUGGUAUGUAGAAAUGCUGAAAUGACAUAAUAUGACUUAAAAUAGCAUAUGAAUAGAGAGAAUAUAUAAAACAUAUGAUAUAAGUAUGCUUAUGUUGUAAUAAAUCCAAUAGUAAAAAGAAUGUCCCUAUAUUGAUACAAUUGUAUCACUUGGGAUGAAAGUUCAUAACAGUCCAUGAAUAAUGUUAGCUAUUUCAGCUUUUGCCAGUUAUAAGCAAACUGGAAUAGUGGAUGCUGAAUUAAUGUAGUACAAUAAUAUAUUUAAUUGCAUAUGCAGCAAUAGUGGUUUGCAAUAUACUUAUGUACUUAUAGAAAAAGAAAUAAUAAUCACUAACAGGUCAUAAUUAGUGACCUGCAGUACAAUAGGAAAAAAAUCCCUCCGGUCUUGCAGAGACUGAUGCAAAGAUUCAAAAGUGCUUUCUGUGUUAAAAAUAAAUUUAUUGUCCACAAGAAUAAAACAGAGAUUGCAUUUACAAUUAAGCAAAGAACUAGAUGUGCUGAGCUGGAAUCGGGAAAGUACGGAGUUAGCAGCUGUUAGGUGCUGGUCCUGCCGGCAGAUGAUGCUGGGAGCCGCGUGCGUGUCACCGAUCUUCCUGCAUUCCAAAUACAGCCUGUUCGUCUUUACGGUAAGUGCCAGAAAGUAAAAUAAUGUCCUUACGCGUUUCGUGAGUCUGCUGCUCGCUUCAUCAGAGGAUGUAGAGCAGGAGAGACCCACGGAUUUAAAUAGCCAGUGGUUGCUUUGGCUUUUGUUAACCCUUUCAGGCUAAAGUCCAUACUUGCUCUAUCUCAUAGUGUAUUUUACAGUUGUGAUUCACAAUUACAAUUCAUAUAAGCACUAAAUAUUUUUAUACACAUAUAUUUGAAUAACUUUAAUAAUAAGAUAAAAAAUUAAAUACAUUUCAUGCUAAAACUUUCAAUUGCAAAAGAAAAAGAGACUUUAAUAUAUAAAAUUCUAGUUCAUUAAGAGACUCUAUUGGAAUGUUUGAUAAAAUAGAUAUAUCAGCAUAUUUUUCAAAUAGUAUAAUUUCAAUAUAAUGCUUUUGUAAAAAUCAGUGGAUACCAGUUAAUCUAAAUGAUUGAUAUAGACAUAUUAUUGGAAAAGGAGAUUUCAUAACUCAUUGAAAAAUUUACAUAUACAUAAGAAAAUGAUUCUAUAUAAUAGAACAAUAGUAUUAUAUUAUAUAAGAGACUGAUGUUAAGGAGAAAUCGUUCGGACUAAAAAAGAACAGAACAAGAAUAAUUCAUUAAUUGAAUAAAAAUAUAAAUAGACAUAAAAAAGAGAAUACUUAAUUUUAUAAAAGAUUUUAUAAAAAUUUUCUAAAAUUUUUUUUUUUUUUAAAUGUAUACAAGUUUUUUAUAAGAAUGCUCGCAACUCAAAAUCUACAUUUAGUCCCUUUGGUUCUAAUGUUUCUAAUUUAAAUAUCCAACUUGCCUCUGCUUUAUCUAAUUCUUUUUCUAAAUCUCCUCCUCUCCAUGGGAUAUUGACUUUUUGUAUUGCCAUAAAAUUAAGACCUUCAGGAUUUUUUGCAUGUUUAAUGUCAAAGUGCUUGGAAAGAUUAUGAGAAUGGAGUCCUUUUUUGAUGUUCCUAAUGUGUUAUCCCAUUCUUAUUUUAAAUGUUCUUUUUGUGCGUCCUAUAUAUAGUUUUUCACAUGGACAUGGAAAUCUUUUAUAAAAUUAAGUAUUCUCUUUUUUAUGUCUAUUUAUAUUUUUAUUCAAUUAAUGAAUUAUUCUUGUCCUGUUCUUUUUUAGUCCGAACGAUUUCUCCUUAACAUCAGUCUCUUAUAUAAUAUAAUACUAUUGUUCUCUUAUAUAGAAUCAUUUUCUUAUGUAUAUGUAAAUUUUUCAAUGAGUUAUGAAAUCUCCUUUUCCAAUAAUAUGUCUAUAUCAAUCAUUUAGAUUAACUGGUAUCCAAUGAUUUUUACAAAUGCAUUAUAUUGAAAUUAUACUAUUUGAAAAAUAUGCUGACAUAUCUAUUUUAUCAAACAUUCCAAUAGAGUCUCUUAAUGAACUAGAAUUUUAUAUAUUAAAGUCUCUUUCUUUUGCAAUUGAAAGUUUUAGCAUAAAAUGUAUUUAAUUUUUUAUCUUAUUAUUAAAGUUAUUCAAAUAUGUGUAUAAAAAUAUUUAGUGCUUAUAUGAAUUGUAAUUGUGAAUCACAACUGUGAAAUACACUAUGAGAGAGCAAGUAUGGACUUUAGCCUGAAAGGGUUAACAAAAGCCAAAGCAACCACUGGCUAUUUAAACCCGUGGGUCUCUCCUGCUCAACAUCCUCUGAUGAAGUGAGCAGCAGACUCACGAAACGCGUAAGGACAUUAUUUUACUUUCUGGCACUUACCGUAAAGACGAACAGGCUGUAUUUGGAACGCAGGAAGAUCGGUGACACGCACGCGGCUCCCAGCAUCAUCUGCCGGCAGGACCAGCACCUAACAGCUGCUAACACCGUACUUUCCCGAUUCCAGCUCAGCACAUCUAGUUCUUUGCUUAAUUGUAAGUGCAAUCUCUGUUUUAUUCUGUGGACAAUAAAUUUAUUUUUAACACAGAAAGCACUUUUGAAUCUUUGCACCAGUCUCUGCAAGACCGGAGGGAUUUAUUUUCUAUUAUAUUGCAGGUCACUAAUUAUGACCUGUUAGUGAUUAUUAUUUCUUUUUCUAUAAGUACACAAGUAUAUUGCAAACCACUAUUGCUGCAUAUGCAAUUAAGUAUAUUAUUGUACUACAUUAAUUCAGCAUCCACUAUUCCAGUUUGCUUAUAACUGGCAAAAGCUGAAAUAGCUAACAUUAUUCAUGGACUGUUAUGAACUUUCAUCCCAAGUGAUACAAUUGUAUCAAUAUAGGGACAUUCUUUUUCUAUUGGAUUUAUUACAACAUAAGCAUACUUAUAUCAUAUGUUUUAUAUAUUCUCUCUAUUCAUAUGCUAUUUUAAGUCAUAUUAUGUCAUUUCAGCAUUUCUACAUACCAGUUUAAAAUUUAAAGGUAUAUACUACUCCUGAAUAUGUAUUGGAUUAUUCAUCCAAUAUUUCUUUGUCUAUUGCACUUAUAGGGAUUUUUUAGUGGAGUCCCUCUUUUCAGUUGAGAGUUAAACCUUUAGCUGUGUUUCAUACUCUAUCCUAAGGUACACUAUUUGGACCUUUAUAUAUUUUUUUUCCCCUCAUGUACAGGUUUUAUGGUGUUUUCAAAAGUUACAGCGUCAAAUAUAAGGCUUGUGUUUCAUUUUUUUCACAUUAAAAUUCGCCAGAUUGGUUACGUUGCAUUUGAGAUCCUAUGGUAGCCCAAGAAUGAAAAUUACCCCUAUGAUGGCAUACCAUUUGCAAUAGUAGACAACCCAAGGUAUUGCAAACAGGGUAUGUCCAGUCUUUUUUAGUAGCCACUUAGUCACAAACACUGGCCAAAAUAGGUGUUUUUUGCAUUUUUCACAAACAAAUACUAACGCUAGCUUUGGCCAGUGUUUGUGACCAAAUGGCUACUAAAAAAGACUGGACAUACCCCAUUUGCAAUACCUUGGGUUGUCUACUAUUGCAAAUGGUAUGCCAUUAUGGGUGUAAAUUUCAUUCCCGGGCUACUAUACAGUCUCAAAGGCAACGUAACCAAUCUGGCAAAUUUCAAUUUCAAAUGUAACGUGCUCUAUUUGACCCUGUAACUUCCCAAAACGCCAUAAAACCUGUACAUAGGGGGUACUGUUUUACACGUGAGACUUUGCUGAAUACAAAUAUGUGUAUUUUAUUGCAGUAAAAGCAAACAGUAUUAUGACAUUGACAGUUAAAAUGUCAUGUAGAACUAAAAAAAUAAAAUAAAUUCCUAUUUUCUCCCAUUUUUUCAUAUUAAAUUAUGUUUGAUAGCUAAAUAUUUGAUAUUAAAUGAAAGCCCUGUUUCCCCUGAAUAAAAUGAUAUAUAAUAAGGGUGGGUGCAUUUGAUAUGAAAGAGGUGAAUUACGGUUGGACAGACCUGUAGUGCAAUUGCCAGGUUUUGUUUACAUUUUGCUUCGUUCACAACGUGUACAUUUGGCUCAGUCCUUAAGGGGUUAACAUAUUUUUGUAGCAUAACUAAUGCAAUUUUAUUUUUAUUUUUUUAUCAUUUUAUUUGUAUUCAGGAAUGGUUAUCAAAAGGGCAUGGUGAAUAUCGAGAAAUCCCCAGCGAGAGAGACUUCUUUCAAGAAGUGAAAGAAAGUAAAAAUGUUGUCUGCCAUUUUUACAAAGAUUCAACCAUGAGGUAUUUUAUAAACUUACAUAUAUUCUCUAAAUUUAUUGAGAUACUAGCCAUGAUUGAAAUCGUAUUUGUUACCUCAGGCACAAGAUUUUGUGAUUUAUUUAUUUUUUUAUUCUUUUUUUUUUUUUUUUUCUGGUUUAUAUGUAUACAGUGGCAUCUUUGUAUGGAAUGUCUGUAUUUAUGUGUGUGAAUACAGGGUGUCUGAAUGUGUGCAUAUUUGUGUAGAGUGUAUGUCUGCUCUCCAAGCAGAAAAGAAUGGGGGGUGAGUGCUACAGUAAUCCGUUUAGUUGCAUGUGGCUUGUGCUGUGGCAAGUGAUGUCAGAAAUCUCAACCUACAGCUUAUCAGUGCUGUAUAGCACACAUAUUUAACCCCUUAAGGACACAGCUUCAGAAGCUUGACUUACGCUUAAUGACACAAACAAUUUUGCGUUCAACUGCAAUUUGCAUCUCUCUCAUUUAUUGCACCGACACAUAUUAUAUACUGUUUUUUAAAGGACAGAAAGGGCUUUAAGUUGAUAUCACAUAUAUAUAUAUAUAUAUAUAUAUAUAUAAUAAAUGCUUACUUAUUAUAAAAAAAAAUACAGAAAAAUGCAAAAAAAAUGAAAAAUAUUGGUUGUUUUUUUUUUUACAGUUUUUGCAAUAAUAAUGUGUGCAUAAUUAGUGCAGGUUAAGGAAAGUAAUUAAAAAUAAAUUUAUUUGUUCUGAUUUACAAAAUAUAUAAUGUGUCUGGGAUUUUAAGUUUUUUUUGGUAGUUACAGGUCACAAAGCACAAGGAGUAAAAUAAACUUUUAAUGUGGAGCGAUUUUAGAAUUUGGUAUGUUUGUCUUGUAAGCUUAAUAGCCAUAAAAGAAAACAAAAUUGCCACACAAAAGUAAAUAUAUAUAUAUAUAUAGUAGACAUCACGGGCUAUUUAUCUAAGGUUGUUUUGACACUUUCUACGUAGCCAUUUCACCGCCAACCUCUGCUAAAUAUUGGAGUAAAAUUGUGUUCUUUUUGGUUUUUGGCACACAAACUUAUAACAGAGAAAUUCUCGUGUAUAUUUUGUAAAGUUGGUGUGUGCUAUUCCUGUACAAAGUUUUAUUUUGUGUUCAGUUACAUCUGCUGAGUAAAAUGACACCCCCAUUGUAUGUCUUUUGCACUAUUUCGUGAAGUUACAGUGCCAUACAGGAUACCUGUCCUUUUCAGUAUUCACAGUAGAAUUUUGAGAGAUGUAUUUAAUGAGCCUUAGCUUCCAUUUGGGGUAUUAUAACAGUUUGAAUGUUCAAAAAAAACCCACAAAGGCCUACCAUUUGUAAAAGUAGAAACUCCAGGGUAUCUUAUAAGGUGCAUAUUGUGCCUUAACAUACCCCCAUUUUUUCACCAAUAUAUGCCAAAGUAUGUGGCAAAAAAAUUAUUUUGUGCAUUUUUUACAUACGGAUUGCAUUUUUGCUGGGCAUUUUGUAUAUUUCAUAUGUGCCACUAAGUUCAAACCUCCCAAAUUAUGCUCAGCUAAGUCUUUUGAGUAAAAAUACACCCCCAAUGAAUGUCUUUGGCACUAUUUUGUGAAGCUACAGUGCCAUAUAGGAGACCAAGCCAUAUCCGUUUUUACCAAACUUUGAAUUUUGACGCUGGGCCUAUGUGCAAUUUCCAAGCAUCUUCGCAGGUUUUAAAUUCAAACUACCCCACAAAGGCCUACCAUUUCUUAAAGUAGACACCCCAGGGUGUUUCAAAAGGUAUAGUUUGAACCUUAGCGUGGGAUCAUUUUUCCGCUAGCUUGUACCAGAUGUAGUGGUAAUAAGCGUUUUUUCUGCCUUUUUGACAUACAAAGUGAGUUUGCACAGUAUAUUUUGCAAACCUUAUGUGUGCUACGACUGUAUAAUACUUCAUAUGUUGCUCAGCUAUGUCGGCUGAGUACAGCAAUACCCCCGUAUGUACCUUUGCCAGGUAUGUGUGGACAUCGGAGGGGCACAUUUGGGACACAGCCAUUCCAGUUUUUUUCAAACUUUGAAUUUUUAUGCUGUGCCUAUGUCCCAUUUUAGAGUAUUUUACCAGGCUAUAUAAUCCAAAUUCCCCAUAAAGCCAUACCAUUUCUUAAAGAAGACAUCCCAGGGUAUUUCAAAAGGCAUAUUUUGAACCUUAGCGUGGGAUCAUUUUUCCGCUAGCUUGUACCAAGUGUAGUGGUAAUAAGCAUUUUUUCUGCCUUUUUGACAUACAAAGUGAGUUUGCGCAGCAUAUUUUGCAAACCUUAUGUGUGCUAUGACUGUAUAAUACUUCAUAUGUUGCUCAGCUAUGUCGGCUGAGUACAGCAAUACCCCCGUAUGUACCUUUGCCAGGUAUAUGUGGAUGUUGAAGGGGCGCAUUUGAGACGCAGCCAUUCAGUUUUUUUCUAACUUUGAAGUUUUACACUGUGUCCAUGUUCCAAUUUGGAGUAGUUUAGACGGUUGGUUAUUGAAACUUCCCCACAAACACAUACUAUUUAUUAAAGAAUACACCCAGGGGUAAUUCAAAAGGCAUAUUUUGAACUUUGGUGUGGGAUAAUUAUUUCUCUAGUUUGUUCCAGGUGUAGUGGUAAUGAGCGUUUUUAAAAUGUAUUUUUUUACUUUUUAUAACUUUUUUACUUUUAAAAACUAGUUUUUAAACUUUUGUUUUGCUUAUAAAUUUUUUUUAAACUUUCCUAAACUUUCUUAAAACUUUUUUACAGAUUUAACAUUUUUCUAAGCUUUUUUUUUUACCGUUAACCCCUAACUAGCAGUACGCAGCACUAACAGUAAAUUCCCCAUUUUCCCAUAACUCCCACCCACCCCAGCUAGCAAAAUAUAUAGUUAUAAAAUAUUUAAAUUAAUUAAUUAAAUAAAUUGAACCCCUGAGGGUUAAAAAAAUAAAUAAAAGUUAAUCCUCAGGGGUUAAAAAAAAUUAGAUCACAGUAUAAUACUGUGAUCUCUAUUUGAUCGCUGUAGGCAGUGAUCGACUGGCAGGGAAGGGGUUAAUUUUUAUUUGGACUAGGUAAAGUGUGUUUUUUUUUGUUUUUUUUACUUAAAUGUUAUUAAAACAUUUUUUUAAGCUUAAUUUUUAACAUUUUAAAGUUUCUUUUAAAACUUUUUUUUAAACGUUAACCCCUAGUUAGCCUAACGCCAAAUCCCCCAAUUCCCCACUAACUUCCACCUACCCCAGCUAGCUAAAUAUAUAAUUAAAAAAUAAUGUAAUUAAUUAAUUUCAUUAAUUUAACCCCUGAGGGUUAAUUCUUUUUUUUUUUUUUUUUUUUUAAUCAGAUCAUAGUAAAAUGUAAUCCCUGCCAAUUGAUCACUGUAAUCAGUGAUCAAUUGGCAGGGAAGGGGUUAAUUUUUUUAUUAAAAUGGGUAAGGGGGGGGGGGACUUUAAAUAAACUUUAUUUUUUUAAACAGCAGGGGGCAGGAUCAGCACUGAUCCGGCUCCCUGCACUUCACACAGAACCCGGAAGUGCAGGGAGCCGGUAGGUGAGUAUACAGAGCACAUGUGUCCGCUCUGACUUGCGGUCAGAGCGAGCACAUGUGCUGGGCAGCCUGACCGGGUGCUCCCGGUAUGCCUCUAAUGCAGAGGCAUACCGGGAGCACCAUUAACCCCGCGAUCGCCGCAAUAGCGGCGAUCCGGGGUUAAUUUUACCGCGUGACGGACAAGGUCCGUCACCCGUCGUUAAGGGUCUCCCCUCUGUGACGGACCUCGUCCGUCACCCGUCCUGAAGGGGUUAAUGCAACUGUGCUCACUCAUUCCAGCAGAUGCUUUACUGUGCCACCCAUGGCCCCAUGUGACUUGCUAACAGAGGUCCAAUUUUAAUUUCUGUUAGCAUUUGCAGAGUUGUGAUGCACAGUUGAAAAUGGCUUGGAAUUAAUUUGCGGAUCUGUUUUAGAAAAGAAGAUGAUAGUUUGCAGGGAAAUGUAAUUUAUAAUUAGAGGUAUGAAGUCUUAAUUGUGGAGGAGUGUGGAGAACUGGUAUAGGAAAAGAUAUGGUUAAAGGCAUGGUGUAUGUGGUGUUUAACAUUGUGCAGUUUGAUUAAAGGGACACUAUAGUCAACAGAACAAUUACAGCUUAAUGUACUUCUUCUGGUGUCUACAUACUGUCCCUGCAGGCUUUUCAAUUUAAAUUCUGACUUUACAGAACAAAGAUAGUGUUUACAUUAUUGCCCAGGAACACCUCCAGUGGCAGUCACUCAGAUGGCCCCUCAAGGUGCUUCCUGUGUCAGUGCUUUACAUUGUGCAGCACUGACAUUCAGAGUCUCUACACUCUGCAUGGAGAUUUUGAACAUUCCUCAUAGAGAUGUAUUGAUUCAAUGCAUGUGUAUGAGGAGAUGCUGAUUGACUCGGCGCUGCCUUUUACAGUAAAUGCGCAAUAGCUGCCCAAUGCUUUCCUAUGGGUAAGUAUUGGAUUAGCCGAGAUCGUAAAUGUUGAUGAUCUCAGCCAAGGAGGCGGAACGGGGGCUGAGUCAGCCGUGGCAAGACCCUGUGGCGCUGGAAUAGAGGUAAGUAAAAUAACUUUUACUAUUCUAACAGGGGGCCAGUCACCUAAAAUAUAUAUUUAUAUAUUAUAGUAUAUUUGUAUUCCUGACACUAUAGUAGUGUUCAUUUAAGUGUAUUAUAGAGUUCCUCAGAAGCAUAUAGAGUGUUUUAAUAUUGCAGCGAUACAAAAUACUGCGCACGCAGUGUAUAUGGGUUGUUUUUUUUCCACAGAGUAUUUUCAAUCUCAUUAUUUUCCCAUUUUUUUGCAAUAUAUUCUGACCAGACACAUCACUGGAGGGGUGUAGCCCUAGAUCUUUUAGUGGGGUUGGGGGGGUGCAAAUCUGUGUGAUUAAUUUUUAUUUUUUUCCCCCCCUCUGUGCUGCUCUCCCUUCAGAUCUUCAUGUUGAAACUCGGCUAGAAGCAGUACACUAGUGCAGUUCAGAUAGAGAUGCAGUGGAUUUGACACUCUAGCCAUGUUUCUGCAUCUCUAUCAAAGUGCAUCUUCUGCUCCCAGACAAGACUAACUGAGGAGGGACCUUUACACUUGACACAAAGUGUAGCACUAUGUAGUGAACAUUACAGUUGAGCAUUUGAAAAAAAAGUGUCCGUUCAUAAACAUAUAAUUUUAACAUAUGAAAGUGUGUAAGAGAUCAACCUCUUGUUGGUCUACAUGUGUUCUCUCCGUUAUUACUCGUAUUGUGACCAACCAAUUGCUGUUCGUUAUAAACAUAGAAAUGAGAGAGGAAAGCAAAGUAAGAAAAUAUGGAAAAAGAGUAAGGCAGCAUUAAAUAAUUUUUAAUAGUUUAAUGCAAAAUGAGUCUCAAGCAGCCCAAUGAAGACACACUAGCCUGAGCAACAACGGGUAGAUGUGAUUGGCUGAGAGUGACAGCUGACUGCAUUCGGCUUAUCACGGCACCCAUUGCUGGUAUGAACUGGCACAGCAAGAAGGAAGGGUGUAAUCUCUCCAUUAGCUAUAUCUCCAGUAUAAAUUAGCUGUGGGUGGCUAGCAAUCCUUAUUUAGAGUUAACUACUUAAAAAUUGUUUGACACUGAAUGAAGGGACAAUGUCAGAGUACUCCAGAUACCAUAACCAAUUCAGUGAGAUGUUUAUGUUUAUGAACUGACCAUGUAUUUGCAAAUGCUCAUCUGUAAUGUUCACUACUCUAGACGCAAGCUAAUGACGGAGCGUGUCCGUGUAAAGUGUAAAAUUGCUACUCUGCAACUACGUGUUUUCACUAAAAUAAAAAUAAUAAAGAAUUUUUUUUAAAAAUUAAAAAAUGAUUUAAUGCUGAAUGGAACGACCGUGUCGGAGGACUUCAUUCACAAUAACCUCUUCAACGAGAUGAAGCAGUUACAGUGACUGGGAGCCUUUGUCAAUAAGCCAAGGUAGUUAUUGCAAUGCUUUAAGCUUCUGGAAGUGAUGAUGAUUUUUUUUUUCCCCCUUUUUUUAUUUUACAGAUGCAAAAUAUUGGACAAACACCUGGCAAUUCUUGCCAAGAAGCAUAUUGAAACCAAGUUUCUGAUGUUAAAUGUUGAGAAAGCCCCUUUCUUAUGUGAAAGACUACGUAUAAAAGUAAUCCCAACACUGGCCUUGGUGAAAGAUGGGAAAACAAAAGAUUAUAUUGUUGGUUUUAGUGAUCUUGGGAAUACAGAUGAAUUUACCACAGAGACUUUGGAAUGGAGAUUAGGCUGCUCUGAAAUUAUUAAAUACAAGUAAGUUUAACAAGUACAUUUUAUAUAUUUUAAACUAUUGUACUGUUUUAUAGCCAAAUAUAUUGGAUGACCGUUUUCCACCCGUUGCCACUGGUCUGCAGUUCCGCAAUGUGCAGAGUUGCAGACCAUGUGUUUCCAAUGAGAGUGUUGCCGCAGGUUACCAUGGCAAUGCUCUGACCGGGUCUCUCGAGAUACAUGGUCUGCAGCUCUGCACAUUGCAGAGGUGCAGACCGGUUAUCGCCUGACCACCAGGGAAUAACAAAAGGUAUUUAGUCGCCCCUCCCACACAUUAUUACCCUCUCACCAUCACUCCUCGUGCCAUCGUCCCUCUCUCUCCUCGCGCCGUCGCCCCCCUCUCUCCUCGCGCCGUCGCCCCCCUCUCUCCUCGCGCCGUCGCCCCCCUCUCUCCUCGCGCCGUCGGCCCCCUCUCUCCUCGCGCCGUCGGCCCCCUCUCUCCUCGCGCCGUCGGCCCCCUCUCUCCUCGCGCCGUCGGCCCCCUCUCUCCUCGCGCCGUCGGCCCCCUCUCUCCUCGCGCCGUCGCCCCCCUCUCGCCUCGCGCCGUCGCCCCCUCUUCAUGCAUCCACACUCACAUUAUCCACUCCUAAUCCUGUUAAUCUCACCACCUCCGAACUAACCUGCCCUCACUCUGCCACACUCACCCUGUCAAAUUAACACCCCUAAUUUUGUCACACUCCCCUUCUCUCACUGUCAAACUCUCCCCCCGCCCAACCCUGCCACACCUAUCCUGUCGCAUUAAUGCCUCUAAUCCUGUCAACUCUGCCCCACUCACCCUGUCACAUUAACCCCCCUUAAUCCUGUCACACUCGUCCCUCCUACCAUGUCACAAUUGCCCUGACACCCUUACCUCCACUCACCCUGUCACACUCAAUCAUUAAACCAUAUCAACUCCCUCUUCCUCGUUCUCUCUCACAACACCCCCCACCCUGUCCCAUUUAUCCUCUUCACCCGGCCACGCUGUCUCUGCCACUGGUACACCUUGACUCACCUUGUCAGUCACCAGCUAAAGACAUUCAUCAUACACACACAGUCAGGAAACAUAGCUUUGCCAUAAACACAAUGCACAAAGGCCACAGGCAGACUCCCAUGCACACAACACACUUCAAGCAGCUACCCCAUACACAUACGGUCCCAGACAAAAUGCAAACAUACAUUCGCACACACAAGGAUACUCUGUCAGACACACACUCUCAGGCACAUACACAGGUGGACAGUGCAUCAAUGUGUAUUUGUGUGCAUGUAUUGCAACACUAUUUUCUUUCACUUUGGUUAGUAGGGCCUGAUGUUUGAGUUUCGCCUAAGGCCUACAGCCGCCUCUGGUAAAAUUACUCUUUCUAACCCAUUUAACUACCUUAAAGGGACAUUAUAGUCACCAGAAAAACUACAGCUUAUUGAAUUUGUACUGGUUACCUUCAGGCUUUUUGCUGUAAACACUGUCUUUUCAGAGAAAAUGCAUUGUUUACAUUACAGCCUAGUGAUAACUUCACUGGCCACUCCUUAGAUGGCUGUUAGAGAUCAUUCCUGGGUCAUGGCUGCCUAAAAUGCAUCCAAACAUUCAGUAUUUCCCACCUCUGCAUGCAGACACUGAACAUUCCUCAUAGAGAUUCAUUGAUUCAAUUCAUCUCUAUGAGGAGAUGCUGAUUGGCCAGGGCUGUGUUUGAAAUGUGCUGGCUCUGCCCCUGAUCUGCCUCUUUGUCAGUCUCAGCCAAUCCUAUGGGGGAAGCAUUGUGAUUGGAUCAGGCUACCACUUCUGCUGAUGUCAGUAGGCAUUGGGCAGGUCUAAAGGAAACAGUACAAAAUUUGCAGCUGCAGACUUGAAUACAAGUAAGUUUUACUAUUUUUCGGGAGGCAUGAGGGUGCCAGGGGGCCUAGAUGGUGUUUUUAACCCUAUAGGAUCAGGAAUACAUGUUUGUGUUCCUGACCCUAUAGUGCUCCUUUAAACUUAAAGAAUAUUUCUCUCUGGGGCUAAAAUAAAAUGGAAUGUGUAAGAAUUGUUUUUUCCAAGAAGUUACAUUAACACAUAAGGUUAUAUUGUUAGCUGAUUUAUGUCCCUUUUAAAUACAUGUAUUUGAAAAAAUAUACUUAUCAAUUGCAUUUUGCCUCAUUGUUUUUUGUUUUGUUUUGUUUAGUGGAAACUUAAUGGAGCCACCUUUCCAAAAUCAGAAGAAGCAUGGCACACAUUUUACGAAGGUGGAUAAGAAGACUAUACGGGGAAAGACUUGUGAUUCAGAUUCUGAUGAUUAGAUCUCCAGCUAGCUCUUUAAAUAUGUUUGCUUAAUAAUUAUUUUGGUUUUUCUUUACCUUUUCUUUUUAUAAAGCAUAAUACUUAUUGUUUUUUCUUUUCUUUUUUAUAAAGCAUUUUUGUAACUCAUAAAAUGAAUCAAGUGUGUGAUUUGUUAUUAGAGACCAAAGUCGAGUAAUUAUAUUCUCUAGUGCUUUACAAAUCCCUUGGUCCAUUUUCCAAGAAGACAAGCCAGCGUAUAGCUUGACAUGUUGCCUCUUACUAACACUUGGCUAAUUUCAAGCAAUAAAGAAGUAAACUUGAUACCCUACUUAUUUGAAAGGAUUUUCUAGACAUUUGUAUUACUUUUCUCAUACUCCAAAUGGAGAUAGACUAAGAUAAAAUGAUAACAUGGUCAUAGGUAAAACAACUUUUAACAUUUUUCCAAAUCCUCUUUUCAAAGACUUGUUGAUGUGUGUUUUGGGUGCACAUAAAAACUGCACCUUCUUUGUGGCCUGGGGUGCAGCUGUGCAGCUUUUGACACUCAGUCCAAUGUAACCUGGUAGCUCUGCUACUUCAGUAGCGUAACAAGAAGCACCGAAUCCACAUCUGUACUUCCACAGAUGUCUUUACUAAUGUUCCAUCAUGAUCUGUACUGUGAUUAAAUAAAGUCCUCAAGUUUAUGGGGUAUAUUCCAGUGCUUUCAUUGUUGUGGGGGCAACAGAAGACACGUGUGCUGUGGACGAACGGAUGUUCUUGGUCCCACGGUCAUGUAAUGAGGCCCUAUCCCACCAUCCUGAUCAAAUUGUUUGAAAGUAGAAGUUACAGUAUAUGAAGCAGGAUUUACAGUGUACACAAAAAUGUACUGUUUAAGGUUAAAUUACUUAUAAUAAAUUCUCUCUGAAACCAGUGUGCACUUAUAACAUUUUUAAUUUUUGGUAUUUCCUCACAAAUUAAUUUGUUGGGUUUUUUGUGUGUUUUUAUUUGCUUUUGUCUGGGGAGGGUUGUGUAGUUAUUUUAGGGAGAGGUGUUAUUAGAAGGCAUUAUCUUGACUUUUUUAUAAAAUGCCAGUGUAAAUUGUCAUGCAAUAAUAACAUUUAAUUCUGUAUUAAUAAAAAGUGGAAGUAUGUAUACAUGCCAAAUGUACCACUGUGGGGUUAGACUGUUGAUGGUGUGCCACUUUCCUUCACUAACAAACACUUUCAUUGACAACAUAUUUGCAUGAUAUGUAAAUAUGUAACAGAAAUUUUGUGCAUAGAUUGCUUUGCAAACAGGUGUAAAAAUUAAAAUGAUGUUAUGCAAUUUCUAUUCUCUUUUUAGCCUAUA